AGGCGCCGACAGCGCCAAGCGUAUUUGGCGGGACCGCGAUUAGACGGCGUCGUCUGUGCUUCUCGCAAGUCUGUCGUGUAGCGAACCGCAAAGACUCUUGUCAGAUAAUGGCUGGCGGAAAGGCGGGCAAGGACUCUGGUAAAGCGAAGGCAAAGGCGGUCUCUCGUUCAGCUAGGGCCGGCUUGCAGUUUCCAGUCGGUAGGAUUCAUAGGCAUUUGAAAAACAGAACCACAAGUCACGGUCGAGUCGGUGCCACCGCGGCGGUGUACAGCGCGGCUAUCUUGGAAUACCUCACUGCUGAGGUACUGGAAUUAGCAGGAAAUGCAUCUAAAGAUCUAAAGGUUAAACGUAUUACACCGAGACAUCUGCAACUUGCUAUUCGUGGUGACGAAGAAUUAGAUAGUCUCAUUAAAGCAACUAUUGCAGGAGGAGGUGUUAUUCCACAUAUCCACAAAUCACUGAUCGGAAAGAAGGGUUCUCAAAAGCCAGCAUAAUUUAGUGAUUUGUUCAAGAACGUUUGAAAUCUAUAGAGAAAGCAGAUGCAAAGCGGCAGAGUGAUUGUUGACAAA